UCAAUACUUCAAUCUCAAGUCCUAGACUAUCUAGUUAUCAUCCUCUUCGGCCUUCACUUUCAGACUUCACAUAAACCGCAAAUUUCAUCCCAAAUGGCAGCAUAUACUUUCAAAUUCAGACCAAUAUUUUCCACCCCGCUAAGAUUCACUCUCUGCUCCUCACAGAAAAGCACAAUUUCUUCCUCUUCUUUAACUAUUCAUUACCCAGAAUUACCAAACCAGUGGUCAGGUUUGCAAAAUUGGAGACAAAGCCCACUUAACCACCAGCGUUUAUGGGGACCCAAUGGCCCUGAUAAUAUUAUUAUACCCUCAAAUUCAACUAAAGAAUCCCUUUUGUGGGAAUCAAUUAACUCGGCGUCGUCUCUUGCUGAAAUGGGUACUGCUGUUCUUUGCACCAGUGAUCCUUUAAUGAAAUCGAAGCUUUCCCAUUUGGCUUAUUGUAGGUGGCGUCAAGAGGGUCUCCCUGUUGGUACUUUUCAAUCCCCGGCUCGGCCUGCUCGACCUUCCAAACCUGAACUGGUUCCAUCUAAAGAAAUUCCACCUCCUAAACACUCGGGUUUACCUCUCAAUGCAUAUAUGCUUCACAAUCUUGCUCACGUGGAGUUAAAUGCAGUUGACCUCGCUUGGGAUACUGUAGUCCGUUUCUCACCAUACAGUGAGAUUUUAGGUGAGGGGUUCUUUGCUGAUUUUGCACAUGUGGCUGAUGAUGAGAGUCGCCAUUUUGCUUGGUGUUCACAGAGAUUAUCUGAGCUUGGAUUUAGCUACGGUGACAUGCCUGCUCAUAAUUUGCUCUGGAGGGAGUGUGAGAAAUCUUCAAAUAAUGUUGCUGCACGGCUCGCUGCAAUCCCACUUGUUCAGGAAGCACGAGGUCUUGAUGCUGGGCCUCGGCUGGUGCAAAAGCUCAUUGGCUUUGGAGACCAUAGGACUUCCAACAUUGUGGCUAGAAUUGCUGAUGAAGAAGUUGCACAUGUGGCUGUCGGUGUCUUCUGGUUUGUUUCGGUUUGUCAGCAAAUGGGACGCAUCCCCUGCACAACUUUCAGAGAUUUAUUAGAGGAAUAUAAUGUGGAGUUAAAAGGACCAUUCAACCAUUUGGCUAGAGAUGAAGCUGGUCUUCCACGGGAAUGGUAUGAUCCUCCUUCAUCAAAUGUAGAAAGUAAGCAAAAGAAGCUAUCUCAGGUUUAUGACAGAUUGGAAUGCAUAAUUUCUAUGGAAAAGGAGAACUCGAGCCUGGGCACUCCACCCCAAUAAUUCCUAUACGGAGGAAUUGAUUCUGCCUGAAGUUCAUUUGAUCAAUAAACUGCAGUUGGUUCUGAUGAUUAUUCCGUUUCAAGUGAAUGCUCAAUUGGUUCACCGAUGGAUAUACUCGAUUUGGUGGAAAGUUUAGUUUUGCUGCAGGAGUAGCUCCGGCUCUAGACUGACUUCGUAAACAGAUCAGCUAAAAUUUCAGGGAGCUGGUCUGUCAAUUGUAAGCAAACUGAGUACAUCUUUGAUCCAACAAUCUGAGCAUGAUUUACUGCCACCACUAUAACCUAUUUGCCUUGGCUCUAGUACUUCCGGAAUAUGUUUUAAGUAACCACAUUGGUCUUUCAAACAGAAAGCCUAGACUAUUGGCCUCAGAAGCGUAAAUUUGGAGCUCAACUCUGAUGGUUUGUAGAAAGGUAUUCGUCCUUCAUGGCUGGAUUCCUGGCAUCAUUCUUUUUCUCUGAUAAUGGUGGUGUCCAUGCUAGCUUGCGCACACUUCAACUAUUCUACUGGGUAUGUGCUGCCUACCACCAGUUGGUAUCGGGUAACUCUGUCCAUCAAAACUCAAGCAUUGGAUUCCUAGCAUCAUAUUGGAUUGAGGACGGCUUUUUCUCAUGAUCAGAACACUGACAUAGCAUCAAAGCUCUUUAUAUUUUGAAGACUUCUCUCCCUUCCAGCUUCUACUCAUGCUGCGGUGGCAAGAAUUUGUUUGGCAGGACAAAUGUUGGUAUUCAAGUAUAGCUAUUACAGUUUUUUCCUUUUCUUUUUCAAUUUUUUGGAAGGUUGUAAGUUUUAAAAUAACCAAACUUUAGGGAUUUUGAGUGUUGAAUGAAGACACAUUUGUCUCUAAAAAGUAAUUUGCUUACCUGUAGAA